GAUCAUCUUAGGCUGUCUUUAAAAUGCCGUCGGUAAUGCCGACUUCAUCCUGAACUCCGUCCUCCCGCGGGCCACCCGAGCCUGAAAUGCGGUCCCCUAUGCGCGUUAACUGGCCGUGACGCCUGUCUGAGCGCCAGGCGCCCCUCUGCAUGCCUAGGCCACCACAGCGUUCUGUGUGGACGCUGUCACUGCAGAAGGCAGAGCGACAUGUCCAGGGCGCAGAUCUCAGCGCUGGUGUUCGGCGUCGGAGGGUUUGGAGCUCUCGUCGCGGCCACCGCCUCCAAUGAGUGGAAAGUGACCACGAGAGCAUCCUCGGUGAUAACCGCCACUUGGGUUUACCAGGGUCUGUGGAUGAACUGCGCAGGUAACGCGUUGGGUUCUUUCCAUUGCCGACCGCACUUUACUAUCUUCAAAGUAGAAGGUUAUAUCCAGGCAUGUAGAGGACUUAUGAUUGCUGCUGUCAGCCUGGGCUUUUUUGGUUCCAUAUUUGCCCUGUUUGGAAUGAAGUGUACCAAAGUCGGAGGCUCAGAUAAAGCCAAAGCUAAGAUUGCUUGUUUGGCUGGGAUUGUAUUCAUACUGUCAGGGUUGUGCUCAAUGACUGGUUGUUCCCUGUAUGCAAACAAAAUCACAACGGAAUUCUUUGAUCCUCUCUAUGUUGAGCAGAAGUACGAAUUAGGAGCUGCUCUGUUUAUCGGAUGGGCAGGAGCCUCGCUCUGCAUCAUUGGUGGAGUCAUAUUUUGCUUUUCAAUAUCUGACAACAACAAACCUCCCAGGUUGGGAUACUCCUACAACGGGGCCACGUCCGUCCUGUCUUCUCGGACAAAGUAUCAUGGAGCAGAAGGAGAUUUUAAAACCACAACCCCCUCCAAACAGUUUGAUAAAAAUGCGUACGUCUGAAAAGAGCCCUGCUGCGAGCUGUCUCGAGUUAUUGUAAAAGUGAACUGUUCACCGUAUGAUCCCCCUCCUCGAGGCCCUCCUCUAAUUCACAUCCAAACUAUUUUUAAAACAUGAAUUUGGAGAAUUUGCUGAUUGUGUGGAUGUCAAUAUUCUAAUCAUUUUCUGUUGUGGCUUUCUAUAAAAAAAUAAACAGGUUAUUUACAGGA